AUGUCCUUACUGCUCUCGCUGGUACUCCAAGAGAAACGGUGGUCCGUCCACGCACUUGCGUGCAUGCAAGAUCGCGAAACGCACAAGGAUCGCUACUGCACAGAGCACAGCCUCGGCGCCGUCCGAGCAAAGGACAUCUUGCCACCCGCGGGAGGCGUUGCCAGUGGACCGGGCGCGGUCUCCGAGCGAAGAGAGACGUCAAGUUCACCGAACAUUGACGGGUCACUUGGCGCAGGAUUCGACAGCGACCUGACAGACUCGGAGUUUGAGGCGGUCCCAAUUCAGCACGGACGUUCGUCAUUCCCGAACUUAAGUUCCAGCGAUGUGCCACAGCCCGGGAUAACUCUUGCAACACAUGGGGACAUCCAGUCAGACUCAGACGGCAUAGACCCUCAGGCUGACGCGGAACCUGGCGAGGCUGCAUACACGGACACUGCCCGUCCUGAGACCCUCGAAGAAGGAGAAGUCUAUGUUGAGUAUCACCCUGCUAGCGGGAGACGUCCGGAGGUCCUCGACGUUAUUUGCUCUAUCCGCAGCGUCGGUAUGUUCAACACCCUGAGGAACCUCGUCUUAUGCGAGUAUGGGAUGAGUCUUGGACUGCCGAUGAUUGGUAUUGUUAUCAACCUCCACGUGUAUGCCGAUGCAACACGCGUGACGUCUUUUGGGAACGUGAAGUACUGGCCCGUCUACAUGUGGAUUGCAAACGUACCAAAGCGCAUUCGCACCUCGCGCGACAAAGGCCGAGCCACCCUGAUUGCUUAUUUACCCGUUGUUCAUGGUGAAGAGGGAGACAACGACUCGCAUUUAGUGCAACAUCGCGCUGAGGUCUACCACCGAGCGUUAGAGGUUGUGUUCGAGACGUUAGAGAUUCCGAGCAAAUACGGGAUGCUCUUGUCAAUGCAAUCACUGAAGAUACAAGGUUAUCCAACGGCAAAGAAAGCAGUCUUGAAGGCGGAAUCUCUGCGCGACACAGUUGUUAAUAUCUUUCUAUUUGGCCUGAGCAUGUUCCUCUCGCUCUACCGCAUGUUCGUCACGGAUCCUUUGCAUCAGAUUGAGCAAGGCAUCCACGGCAGAUAUAGCCAUUACGUUGAGUCAAUUCACAACAACGAACUCAUUGGCUUGUCAUUCUCAUGGAUCAAGAACCAUCUCUUUGCCGUGCAUACAGUCGACUGUCUGAGGCGGAAGGGGCCACACGACAACUACGCGGCCAGCUUUGGCGAGUCAUUACAUCGCCAAACCAAACGGGAUUAUGCUCGGACGAGCCGACAACCUGAUAGCUUGGACGCGCAGAUGACCCGGAUGGCCGAAGAGCGUGAUGCUAUAAUGCAAAUUGCUGAGAGAGUGCAUGCGUACGAUGCCGAGCUCGAGGCGAAUCCAAAUGACGAGUCUAGCGUUCCGGAGCGCGAUAACAGUGUGGCCGAUCAGCGACUCAGACUUGGCGUGCGAGACAAGCCAUGUUCGCUCUCCACGUUUGUUCAGAUUAUGGCUGGGUCGAAGGAAGGGAUCCCAUUAGACCGCUAUGCUCGGAAAUUGGCAAGAUUCCUUUCUAGUCACUUUGAUGCAACAGUCUCGGACAGAUGGGUUCAAGGCAUGCCGCUCCGCCGUUUCUACUGCAUGCGCAUCAAGUACGUCUCAAUGGAGUCCGGUGGCAUCAAUCAAGAUAUUGUCAGGGCAACUCCAAAGUGGCGGAGGACCGGUCCCCGGCACGACACCGUCAUUGUUGAUGGUGGAGAAGAUGGUGUAUGGUUCGGUCGGGUCUACAUGUUAUGUGAGAUCCACGUCAAUUCGCAGGCGUACCACCUCGUAUACCUGAGGCGGUUUGGUUACAUCCGGCUAGUUGAUGAUCAGGAGGAUACGUUUGUGUUCGCAGAGUCCAUAGUACGGACAUGCCAUAUAGUCACGUUGGAGCCAGAUGCACAGGAGCUCACAGUGCAGGACAUCACUGACCCGGAUAUCAUGGCGUCUGAUGCCGAGCCGUCUCAGGUUCAAGCUCGCCGGCCGCCAGGCCCGGCAGAACACUCGCCUUCUCAGGAGCCUGAGCCUGAGCCUGAUGGUCAAUCCGCAGAAAUACAGCAAUUAACGCAGAAGAAGCGAAAGUACCGAGCGAAGAUCCAGCGUCUGGAGAAGCAAGCAAACGACAUGCAGAAGGCCUUGCGGGAGUCGAAGAACAACGAGGCCGAUCUUGCGUCGCGCCUUGGCGCAUCCAAGGCAAGAAUCGCCGAACUGGAGGACGUGUCUUUCAGUGGUGGCAGUGACACGGAGAAUAAUCCGAAGAGGCGCAGGUCUGACGGCAAAGGACUCCCGAGUGAGGGUGUAUCCGAGAGUGUAUGGCGAGCAGCCUUACAUGCCGGAAAGAAGUUCGCUGCCACAGUCACGUUGUGGCCAGACGCUGCGCUCUUCGGCGAGCUCCCGGAAAAUGUCGAAGACUGCGUCUCUGAGUCCGCUGACUCGUUUGAACACGCUACCGAAGCAAGCGAGCAAGCAUGGCAGAUGGUUCAACAGCUCCCGAACUGGCUCCGUACUCACGUUCAUGAGAAGUGGUUCAAGGAACGGCGCCAAGGCAUCCCUGAAGUACAGGAACUGCUCAAGGACAAUGCAUUCCUGUACGACCGGCCUAUCCAAUCUCGGACCGACCGAGUUGUUGGUCAUAUGCGCGGUCCAUCUAUCAUGAAGUCGCUCAAGUACCUCCUCAACGGACCAUCUGCAGCAACAAGCGAGAGCGGGGCUGCUCACCCUAAGGCCCGUGCAUCCAAUGCAAGGCUCUGGGCAUUGAGUGGUGUCACAGAUGCGUUGUUGGUCGCUGGCGCAACAGUGAAUUACUUCGUCCUUACAGGAGCAGCGGAAUUCUCCGAACAAUCAGGAGAAUACGACUUCCUUGCAUUCUAUAACAAGCGCCUCGAACUUCUGCGAUCACUAUCGCAGAGCCGCCAACAGAAGACGAAGUACGACGAUAUCGUGGCUUACUACAACCACGAGCUCUUCCCCGAUCAGUACCCGGAAGAGCAAUCGAACGACGAGUACACCAACGAGGAGCGCGACUUCCUGGAUUCCAUCAAUCAUGCAGACGAUGACGAUGACGGCGCACCGGCCACUGGCAGCACACGCACAACUGUGAUUAAGUCACUGCUUGUCACGGAGUGUGACAUAAACAUUGUGGGCAACUCGUUCUUCCACCAAGAGUUGAGUAACAUCGCUGCAGUUGCGUGCCACUGGGUCGGCGCUUUUGCAAUACCGAAUUGGGAAACUUGCAACGUGACGCACCGCGUGGCGAGAGUUCAACCAAAGAUCAACGUCAACACGCAACCUGUAGCCAUGAAUGAGACGAGUGCUGGCGGCACCCGGGUCGCCGACACUGGUGCCUCCCAACAUUUGCAGAACUCACUUAGCAUUGGGUUUAAUGACGAGCUACAUCUAUUCCGAAGGGCUGCACUUCGGCAGGUCGAUCAACCUGACGACAUGGAAGGUGCAUGGGUUGCGCCACCUAUGCGGCGAAGUCAAUCCUGGACAGAGAGACUUGCGAUUUGCUGGAAUGAUACGGGCCAGAAAGAACAUGCAGCUCAAACCGAGUACAUGGACAACUACAUAUCGGAGCGUGUCUUCCACAUGUCCAUUAACGAUCCACAAUCACCGUGGCGGCGCAGCGAAUCUAACUUCCAGAACCUCCAUCUCGUCCAACGGCUCACACAAUGCUCCUGGAACCUCAUUCCCCUCAUGUCAAGUCCUUCGGAUCUACCUGACGAGGCUCUAGUUGCAAACAUCGACCAGGCGUGCCGCGAAAGCCUGUUGAUCUCGAAGGAGGCAAUCGAAGAACUGCUCCACUUGCAGUCUGCGACUGUUCGCCGGCAGUAUCACAUCGGUGAGCGGUCACUAGACCGACUGGAACAGGCUUUGAAGGUGCUGCGCGAGCUCAAUAGCCUUGGGUCGGAGGCGUUGAAACAGUACAAGGAGAAUGUAGAGGGCUUGGAGGGCUGGGAUCAGGCAGCUUUGUUGGACCGUGCCAAACGCGGCCACGGUGACGGGCCUUCGCACUGA